AUGUCGCGCCAGUUUGAUGUCAAAAACCCGGCCACGGGUGUGGUGGUGGGCAGCUACGUGCAGCAGCAGGCGUGCGAUAUUGCAAAAGCUGUGGCUAGCGCCCGGGCGGCGCAGAAGGUGUGGGCUAAGCUCACGUACAACCAGCGAGCGACGCACUUGAAGAAGAUGAAGACCUUCCUCGCUGCCAACGCCGAGCGGGCCGGCGAGGUGAUUGUGUCUUGCAGUGGUAAGACCCACCAGGAUGCGCUCGUGACGGAGGUCAUUUCAGGCGUCUUGGCGUGCGACUGGUACGCGAAGAAUACCAAGAAGGUCCUGGCGCCACACAAGCUGCCGGUGGGCUCCAUCUUAUUCGCUAACAAGUCAAACACAAUCUACUACGAGCCGGUCGGUGUUGUUGGGAUUAUUUCGCCGUGGAACUACCCCUUCUCCAUCCCGUUUGGGGAGGUACUAAUGGGUCUGAUGGCUGGCAAUGCGGUGCUGCUCAAGGUGGCUACCAACUCUACCCCUGUCGGAUGCUUCAUUGAGGAGGUGGUGCGAGCGGGUGAGUUGCCGGCGGGACUGUUUCAGCACAUCAUUAUCGGCGGCUCCGAGGCCGGUCGGGCGCUGCUUGGAUCUGGUAUCAACAAGCUCUUCUUCACUGGCAGUGUCGGUGUGGGCAAGAAGCUCAUGGCUGAGGCGGCCAAGACGCUGACACCGGUGUCUCUGGAGCUCGGUGGCAACGACCCAAUGGUGGUGCUCAGGGACGCCUCCAUCGAGCGUGCGGUGAACUGCGCUUGCUGGGGUGGCUAUCAAAAUGCUGGCCAGAGCUGCGGCGGAGUGGAGCGCAUCUACGUAGAUGAGUCCAUCUACCCUGAGUUCCUAGACCAGCUGAAGGCAAAGACGAAGGCGCUGCGCCAUGGCGUGGACACCGGCGCCUUUGACGUGGAUAUGGGCUGCAUCACAACAAAGGAUCAGUACGAUGCAAUUGACGCGCAGGUAAAAGAGGCGCUGGCGCAGGGUGCCAAGAUUGAGGCGCAGAGCCAGCCGAGUGCGAACUGCCCGAAGGACGGCCUCUUCUACCCAGCCACGGUCCUCAGCGGCUGCACGCCAACGAUGCGUAUUAUGAAGGAGGAGACCUUCGGACCGAUUCUCCCCGUCGUUCCCUUCAAGACGGAGGAAGAGGGUAUCCAGAUGGCGAACGACUGCACCUUGGCACUUACGAGCAGCGUACACUCUUGCAACAUGAAGCAUGCUAUGAAGGUGGCGAUGCAGCUGGAGAGCGGCGUGGUCACCAUCAACGAUCACCUCUACUCCCACGGAAUGUCGGAGGCGCCGUGGGGUGGGUGGAAGGAGAGCGGAAUCGGCCGUACUCACGGUUACCUGGGACUGAAGGAGAUGGUGAAUGCAAAGUGCAUCAGCUCGGACCUACUUCCCUCUGGCAUGCUUGCCCGCAAUAUCUGGUGGUACCCGUUCACCACCGAGACAGGCGCGGUGCUCCGCCACGUGCUCGCGUUCGUUGCCCCGACUGGCAUUUGCAACAUGCUGUCGAGCCUGUGGUUCAUUAUAACGCACAGCAUGUAUAUGUUCCGUCCGUGGAAGGUGGAUGUCAAGCAAAAGUGA